CUCCAGAAGCAAAAACUGAGGAGGCCUUUUGAGGCCCUGGAGAAUAUUGUCGGCCGCAGAAUUUCUCACGGCUGGAAGGAAGCCAAUGAACCAAUCACCCAGUGGAAAGCCAUCAUUCUAGAUCAACUGCCAACAAAUCCCUCUCUCUAUUUGUUGAAGUAUGAUGGGAUAGAUUGUGUCUAUGGAUUGGAGCUUCACAGUGAUGAAAGGAUUUUAAACCUUAAGUUCCUGCCUAACAACGUACCAUUUCCUCAGGAGACAGACACUCAUCUCUCAAACACCAUAGUUGGCAGAGCAGUGAAACAUACAUUUGAGGGCACAAAUGGCUCUAAGGAUGACUGGAAGGGGAUGGUCCUAGAGGAGGUGCCAAUCAUGAAGACCUGGUUCUAUAUUACCUACAAGAAAGAUCCGGUCUUGUACGUUUACCACCUCCUGGUUGACUACCUUGAAGGCAACCUCCACAUCAUGCCAGGCUCUAUGGAGGAGUGGACUGGGGUGAAAGAUCCAGUUGUGGAUUCCUUGGCAGGCAAAAGCGUGCAGCACAACAAAAAAGAUGGAACCCAAAAGAUAGGUAAAAUUAUUUACCAAGUUCCCACCAAACCUUCCGUGCAUUUCAUCAAGUUUGAUAAUGACUUCCAUAUCUAUGUCUAUGAUUUG